AUGGCUCCAGCAGCAUCCUCCGUCCCGCCGCCGCUGCCUCCCUCCGUGGAGGAGGCCUACCGCCGCAAGUGCCUGCAGCUGAAGCAACGGACCAUGGAAGUCGAGGAGGCCAACGAUGCCGCGCGACUGCGCCUGACCAGACUGCAGCGCCAGGUCGAGAAGCUCCGAAUCGAGCGGGCCUUCCUCCUCGAGCAGAUCGCCAAGCGAACCAGCGCCAACGUCGAGGAUUCCGAAGGCAGCCCGAGCCCACCACCAACCGUACGUGACGGCCCUUCACCCUCACCCAUGCCAUCGUCUCUAGCCAUACGCCCUUCUGGACCCCGGCGACAAAACCCAUCGUCAUCAUCAGCGCGCGUUGGAAUUGGUUCAUCAGGUGCUGACCUAGACCUGCAACAACAGCCCCAGGAGAAGCCUCUGCGUAGCAAGCGGGGCCACCGAAAGCCCUCAGUCAUUGCCAACUUGGACUCCAAUGGCCCUCCUCCUACCUUUAUCAACCAGAGCAUGCAGCCGCCCUCGCCGAGCUCUGACGCCUACUCCCACACGAACGCCGAGGCCAGCCAGAAGGACCCGUCACAGCGCGCUAACGGCGUGAGCAAGCCGCCUAAGAAGCCCAACAGCGCCUUUGAUCUGUACUGCAACGACCAGCGCUCGGCCCUGACCUCCAAGGGUGAGGAUGUCAACGUUGACGAGGAGCUCGCCCGCGGAUGGAAGGAGCUGCCCGAAGACAAGCGCGACGAGUAUAAAUCUCAGGAGGCCAAGGCUGUUUCCAAGUACGAGAAGGAGAAGGAUGCCUAUGCGAAGGGCAAGGCAGAAGCCGAGGCUGAGGCCGAGGCCGAGGCAGAAGCAGAAGCAGAAGCGGAAGCAGAAGCGGAGGCUGAAGCGGAAGCUGAGGCUGAAGCUGAAGCUGAGGCGGACGCGGAUGCGGAGGACAACGCAAAGACAGCGAAACAGCCAGCAGAGUCCCAGGCUGAAGAGACGCCUGCUCGAGAUGAAGACGUUGAGAUGCAGACCGAUGAUACACCAGCGGCUGAGGACUAG